AUGCCUCUUAUAAUUAUUACUGGCCAUCCAUGCUGUGGGAAGACUAAAAGAAGCCUUGAGAUAAUCGAGUUUCUUCAAAAAGAGAAAGAUAAAGUUGUUCAUCACAUAUCUGAAAAUGAUGUUAUAAAAACGACUGGAAUGGAUAAAAAUGAGCUAUAUUCAAAUUCCCAGAAAGAAAAAGAAAUGAGAGGAAUCCUAAAAUCUGAAACGCUUAGAUUGUUGGGUUCAGACAGUGUUGUUAUUCUGGAUGCAGGAAACUAUAUAAAAGGUUUCAGAUAUGAGUUGUAUUGCGCCUCCAAAAGCAGCAAGACGACCCAAGUGACUGUAGAGUGUUGUGCCAAUUCAGAGCAAGCUUGGACGUGGAAUUUGGAUCGUGCAGAAGAAGAACGCUACAGCAGAGAAGCAUUUGACGCUUUAAUUAUGAGAUAUGAGACCCCAGACAGUCGUAACAGAUGGGAUAGUCCUCUGAUAACUCUACAGCAUGAUGAUGUCUUCCCUACAGAUGUCCUCUUUAAUGCACUGUUUCAUCGGAAACCGCCACCACCAAACCAAUCCACUCAGUGUGCUCCUCUGUCCUCGACUAAUUUUCUCUAUGAACUUGACAAAGUGACACAAGAAAUUGUUGCGAGCCUACUUUCGGCACAGAAGAUGGGUGCCUGCGGAGAUGUAAAGGUUCCCGGGUACAAUGAUAUUAUCACUCUCCCAGACACUACGUUGUCAGCUGCUCAGCUGGCUAGACAUCGUAGAGAGUUUCUGAAGUAUACGAGUCUGAAUCCACCGAUCACAGGCCACGACUCAACGGCUAACCUGGCCGGAAUGUUUAUACAGUUUCUCAAUACAACUCUGGCAAACAGCCGGUGAAAAACACCAUUGUGUGAAAUAGACAUUUUGAGAUAUUAAGUUGUCCGAUAGAAAUUUGAAUACUAUAUACAGUUUAUCAAUUUAAAACAAAACACAACUCAUAUUUUUUUAAACGUACAAAAUUUUUAGAAUACCAAGGGUUGAAGGAAAAUGCUGUCAAAUUUCUAGUGUAUUUUUUCCGUUUCUAACACAGUUUGAGUUUAGUAAACAAUUCCAGGUUUUCAACUAAGUUUUCUCGGAUCCCAUAAACUAUAAUGACUGCUCUUGCCUCAAAAGUGUGAAUAGCCCAUGAAUUUUAUGAAAAAGAUUAUACAAAUUAUGAUCCAAAUUAAUUUGUACAAGAAUUUAUUAUUAUUUAUUAUACAAGAACUUGUUAGUUACUAUUGUUACUAAUUAUUUUUUAUAUCACCCUCCUUGAAACUACUUUGUUGUAAUCUAAGUGUAAAUAAUACUUUAGUACAAAAUGA